GAAAAAGCAGAGGCCAGUUCGCAGAUGAGAAUUGAAAAUUUAGGCGGCAAUUGAGUAUCAACCAUGGCUGGUGCUCUCUUGUUCAGUAUGAUGAUCAUCACCAUCACCAUCACCAUCACCAUCUUGUUGACGUUUUUAAAACCAACUCACUCUGGCAAAACAACAACCAUCUUCUCUUCUACUUCUUUUUCUUCAAACAAUCAUUACAAUGUUCCAGCUCUCUUCGUAAUCGGAGAUUCCUCCGUCGAUUCCGGCACCAACAAUUUUCUCGGCACUUUAGCUCGCGCUGAUCGUCUUCCUUAUGGCCGUGAUUUCGACACCCACCGGCCCACUGGCCGCUUUUCCAAUGGCAGAAUUCCUGUUGAUUAUCUUGCAAUGCGUCUUGGCCUGCCUUAUGUGCCCACUUAUCUUGGCCAAACCGGCUCUGUCGAUGAUAUGGUCCAUGGCGUCAAUUACGCUUCUGCGGGUGCUGGACUAAUUUUUACUAGUGGAUCAGAACUGGGCCAACAUAUAUCCUUUACGCAGCAAGUUCAGCAGGUUACAGAUACUUUUCAGCAGUUCACACUCAACAUGGGCGAGGUCGUAGCAGCUGAUCUUAUUUCAAAGUCGCUGUUUUAUAUUUCCAUCGGUACUAAUGACUACAUACACUACUACCUCCGUAAUGUGUCCAGUGUGCAGUCACUGUACCUACCUUGGAAAUUCAACCAGUUCUUAGUACAGACGAUGAAGAAGGAGAUUGAGAAUUUGUAUAUUGCAAACGUGAGGAAAGUGGUGGUGGCAGGACUGGCUCCUAUUGGUUGUGCUCCUUACUACUUGUGGCAGUAUCGUAGUAGGAAUGGAAAGUGUGUCCAGAUGAUAAAUGACAUGAUAACAGAGUUCAACUUUGCUGUGAGAUACAUGGUUGAUGGACUCAAUCAAAAGCUACAAGAUGCUGAUAUUAUUUUCUGUGAUAUCUUUGAAGGUUCCAUGGACAUAAUCAAGAAUCACGAUCGCUUUGGUUUUAAUGUCACAACAGAGGCUUGCUGUGGAUUAGGUAGGUACAAGGGUGUAAUUACGUGCAUGACACCUGAAAUGUCCUGCAAAAAUGCUUCUAAUCAUAUCUGGUGGGACCAAUUUCAUCCAACGGAUACUGUCAAUGCCAUACUGGCAGAUAAUGUGUGGUCUAGCAUGCACACGAAAAUGUGCUACCCUGAAAGCUUGCAGGAAAUGCUAGCUAGAAAGACUAAAUGAUCUGAUGAGUUGGUUAAGCGUUGAAAAUAUUGGUCAUGGUCUGUAUAUGUUGUUUCAUACCAGUCAUAAGAAGCUGCACCUCGCAGAUUUGUAGAUUUUAGUUGGCAGAUUAAAGUGUCAAUGUAAUUUUUCUCUAUACUCUCUCCGCUGUCAAUAUUCCUUGUUGAUAUAAACAUCGAUUGUGAA